AUGCGCGGCAUGACUAAGAAGCGACUUGACGAGUACCUGGAUGAGUAUCUGUGGCGAUCGUGGUUCUUCCCACCAAAAAACAAGCGUGGCCAAAAAGCGUUACAGGAGAGCCGAAUCAGCGUUUGCUACUACUUGAGAAUUCUCGUAAACCGGCAUACUGAUGAUAGCGACGCUACCGAAUGCGCUGAGCUGGAUAUAAACCUUGCGGCAGGAAGAGAGGCAGUCGUGGCAACCACCUCGCAUGAUUGA